AUGAAGGAAGCGGACUCGUCGUCGUCGGUCAAUACAGCUAUGAAGGACAUUGCUUUUGGCUCGCUGGCCGGCAUGAUGGGGAAAGUGCUCGAGUAUCCGUUUGAUACCGUCAAGGUGCGGCUGCAAUCCCAGCCAGAGGAUCGCCCGCUGCGGUACCGUGGCCCUAUCGACUGCUUUGCCCAGAGUCUCCGACAGGAUGGACUGCGCGGAAUGUACCGAGGGAUCUCAUCGCCGCUGGUCGGAGCCGCGGCGGAGAACUCAUGUCUCUUCUUCAGCUACAACCUCGCGCAAUCCUUCACACGGCGGAACUUCUACAGCGAGCUAGGCCCCAAAGACGAUCUUCCGCUGCUCGCACUCGUCACCUGCGGCGCCGCCAGCGGCUCGUUCGCAUCCUUCAUCCUCACGCCCAUCGAACUCAUCAAGUGCAAGAUGCAGGUGCAGUCCAUGACCGCCCUCGCCCCCGGCGACCACAAACGCCCCGGCCCUUUCGCGCUGAUCGGUGAGGUCCACCGCACCUACGGGCUGCGCGGGUUCUGGAACGGCCAGAUGGGCACGUUCCUAAGGGAGACGGGUGGCUCGGCCGCCUGGUUCGGCGCGUACGAGUAUGUGUCCGCCGCGCUGCGGCGGCGGAGGAAUACUGAUACGCUCAAUGCCGGGGAAAUGAUGCUUUCUGGGGCUGCAGCUGGUGUGAGCUACAACCUCAUCCUCUUCCCCGCCGACUCGGUCAAAUCGAGGAUGCAGACGGAGGCCAUCGGCACCGCCGGCGACAGAGUCAAGGGCUUCUGGGAGGUCGGCUCGGGAAUGUACAGGAACGGAGGAUUCAAGGCACUCUACCGGGGCUGCGGUAUCACUUGCUUCCGCAGCGCGCCGUCGUCGGCGCUCAUCUUCCUUAGCUACGAAAAGAUGAAGGAAUGGAGCCGGUAG